AUGCACUUCCUAUCCCUUCUUUCCCUCGCCGCGGCAGCCACGGCUAAAGUCCUCGUCAAGUACGAUGCGGACGCCAAUGACGAUCUCUCCAGAUUCGGGCAAGUGAACUACGACUGCUGGAGCAGCAACGAUUGUGGCACGGCAAACUUCGAUGCUGUCAACGGGAAUGCCUCACUGCACUUCAGGGCAGGCUACGAUGACCAAGGCGUCCGCGCCGCGGAGGUGCACAAGGCCAAGGGAUUCCACCGAGCAGAACACCACAUUUAUCCCGGAAACACCGAAGUAGACCAGACCUACUACAUGGGCUACAAAGUCCGCUGGGACACGGUGGGAAGUGGUCUCAUCGUGUUUCAAUUCAAGUCCUACCACAAGCCCUACGCGCAAUACGGCUAUGCAAACAUCCCCGUCGGACUCCUCUUCAAGGACGGGAGCCCCGUGUUGACCCUCGCCGCGAUCCAAAAACCCGACGCCAACCCCGGCAGCAACCAGCCGAAGGCGGUGUGGUCGAAAGCGCUCGACCUCGGGACCGUCUACCAAUUCGGCAUCGUGAUCAACACCUCGCAGAGCCAGGGGUUCCUCCAGGUGUAUUUCAACGGCAAGCUCAUCACCAUGACGGAUCCGUACACGGGCGAGAAGACGCAGAAGCUGGCGGGGAACUUCUUCCCCGGAGGAGAUCAGGGCGCGGCGGACCCCAAGAUCGGCAUGUACGGCGGCAACGACGUGGUCGAUAAUGGGUAUAUCUAUGAUUUUGUCUUGGCGGAUUCCCUGGCGGAUAUCAAGAGUGUCGCUGGGAUCGCUUAGAUGAUGAUGAUGGUUGGAGCCUGGCGCGGGAAGGUCUGUGCAUGAAAAGCUAUCGAGGUUUGUGUUUAUGUCAAGGUAUGGGCUCGUGGGUGGAUGGACUGAGACGCCCUUUCAAGACCAGGGCGAAGGCGAUGGUAUUUUCUCUGCUUGGGUUUCAAGAUGAGGGAGCAUUGUGAGUGA